UAUUGUUAUUAACCGACAAAUACGUGUUUUACAUAAGUCAUUAAGAUUUCACAACAAUUCUAUCUAACUUUCGAAAUAUAUUGUGAAAAUUACAUCUUUUUCCAUGGAAAAUAACAUUAUCUGUUUGCACAAACACACAAAUAUUUUGUUGUGUCGCAUUGUAAUUUUAAAUAACUAUUGACUUGCAAAUUAUUUUCCAUUGCGAAAUUUAACCUCUCGCAAUAAAUAAUUAACAUAUUCAAUGAAAUUACCAAAAUUAAUAUUACGCCAAUACUUAUAGUCACUUACAAUUGGAUGCAUCAAAAAUAAACAGCAAAAAAAACUUUAGACUUAAGAACGUAUAAUGAACUUCGUUAAGACUCAUUACUAAGUCACGUUUAAAUCACGUUUCUCUACAAUUUUUAUUUAUGACAGCACUUUGAUAUGGAGGGUCAUUCUAUUGACCUGGAGAGCAGAGAAGCUCAGAUAAGCAAGGAAGUAAGUAUCCGUCACCCCUUCAAUGACUUCAGAAUCUUUAGCGGCACGAGACAGUUAAGAAUGGUUUUAUUUUAUUUCUUUAACGCAUAACAAGAGUUAGACUGCAGUGAUCAUUUUACUUUAUAUUCCACAAGCUUCCAAUCGUUUACAAAAAAAAUAAUGGAGGCUGUAGUAACUUAUCCUAUAUUGAAGUCUUUUCUUGCUGGUUCAUUCUCUGGUACUUUUUCAACAAUCUUAUUUCAACCAUUGGAUUUAAUCAAAACUAGAUUACAAAGCAGAGUUAAUACUCAUGUUGAACCAACAAAAAAUGGAAUGCUUAAAACAGUUGUAUAUAUAAUAAAAAAAGAAAAUGUAUUUGGACUAUGGCGGGGUAUGACACCAUCUAUAACAAGGGUCAUCCCAGGCGUUGGACUUUAUUUUUCCUCUCUUGACUGGUUAAAACAUGCAUUACAGCUAAAAGAACCAUUGACACCAUUACAAGCUAUAUCGUUAGGAAUUACAGCACGAUCAAUGUCCGGUGGUUUAUUAAUACCAAUCACUGUUGUUAAAACACGAUUUGAGAGUGGCGUUUACAAAUACAAUAGCGUUUCGGAAGCUUUGAGGCUUAUAUAUAAGCAAGAAGGUAUUAAAGGUCUGUCCAGUGGCCUAGUACCAACAUUACUUCGUGAUGCACCAUACAGUGGCCUUUAUCUAUUAUUUUAUACACAAUUAAAACAAAUGGCCACUCAUACAGAAUUCGUUCAUGAAAAUACUUCCGUAUCAGUGAACUUCAGCUGUGGGAUUUUAGCAGGAAUUUUUGCUUCUAUCGUAACGCAUCCACCGGACGUUAUUAAGACGAAGAUGCAAUUAUAUCCAAAUGAGUUUAAAACUAUUUAUAGUGCCACUUAUAUUGUAUAUAGAAAGUACGGAAUAUUAGGAUAUUUUAAAGGAAUAGUACCCAGAAUGUUAAGAAGAACACUGAUGACUACGAUGGCUUGGACUGUUUAUGAACAGAUCACACGAAGCAUUGGGUUAAAAUAAAAAUUAAUCUCAUUAUGCUGAUUAAUUAACAUAAAUAAAAAAUUAUACGUCACGUGAACAAUUAAUUAUUUAUAUAUAUAUAUAUAUAUACAGUAUUAGAAAGAAGCAGCGAUGUAUUGUUCAUUGUAUUAUCAAUGUAUGUAUUUAUUUAAAUAAAUUAUAUAUUUUUAUAGAUUACCUAGUUGAAACUUAUAUUUUGUAUAUUACAAUUGUACAAGAUAAUAGCUAUUAAAAUGGUUUAUUUUUUGUUUAAAAUUCAUCUUUAC